AUGCAAUCACGAAUCGAAGACCUGUUGAAAAUGUAUCGGACUACCCUUCAUAAAGACUCCCCAACCACACCAAAUCAUUCCCAAUUGUUGUUUGUGCUUACUAAUCACAACAGCCUGAUUGUGUUUGUUUCUCAUCAUGCGGCUCUCUUCAUCAUGAUCAUCCAUACGGUGGGCGCAUCAGGUUCAGGAACAACCACAACUGGGAAGGCUCUGGCAGAAAAGCUCGGUAUUCCGUGCUAUGAUGGAGACGACUACUUUUGGCUAGAGGGCACAGCAGAGCCCUACUCAGUCAAGCGUGAUGAAGAGGAACGAGACAACAUGUUGUUGCGAGACAUGGCCAAGCAGCCCGAUUGUGUAGUUGCGGGAAGCAUGCCAACAUGGUCUAACAAGAUCACGUCUCAAUUCGACUGCAUUGUUUUUCUGGAGCUUCCUUUGGAUGUUAGAAUGGCGAGAUUGCGGAAUCGAGAGGAACAGCGAUAUGGAGAUACCUUGAGAACUGAUCCUGCCAUGGGACUCAAAUCCGAGAACUUUCUAUCUUGGGCUGAAAGUCUGAGCUAUCCACAUUGUACUUCUUCUAGAGGACAUGACUACCAUCUUCGAUGGUUGGACAACUGUGGCGUUCCUGUACUGAAACUGGGAGAUAUGACCGUGGACGAACGGGUUGACGAGAUUAUCCGAUUUACGAAAAGUACAAGUACAAUUGCCUGA